GAGAAUGAAUUGAAGAGCAAAAAUUUCAAACUCAAAUUCAACAAUUCCGGAAGACUAUUCUCAGAAACUUUCCCACGGAAGUAAAAUCACAAAACGAUGAGCGUCACACUUAUGGUCGCAGACGCCGUUUGGUCGGACAUUGAAUCUACCGGCUCAGUAACCGAAGAACAGCUCUCAAUCUUGCAUUUGUUGUUUGGUAAGAAUCUUGAGAAAGCAACCAGAAUAAUCGACAAAAGAGGUGUGAAGAAAAUCUCUGGCUUACCUAGUGGGAGAUCAAUCUUUCAGGUUGUGGGAGAAUCUCAGAAGAGAGAAGAGUAUCUCUGCUUCCCAGGAGAUUACUGUGGAUGUUAUUCUUUCUUCUAUGAUGUUGUCAGCAGAGGAGAGCAACUAUGUUGUAAGCAUCAAUUGGCUGCGAGGUUGGCUUCUUCUUUGGGUACAUACAGCGAAAUCGAGGUCUCAGAUUACCAUCUUGUCUUGAUCCUCUCUAAGAUCUGAAGCUUUCCAUACAAAAUAAUAAUAUUCAUUAGCUACAAGUUAUGUCUUUGGCUUAUGCGUCGUGCCAGAGUAACCUGGGAUCUAUCUAUCUGUGUCUUUUGAGAAUUAUAUAUGCGGAUCAAGAUUCUUCACCUAUAUAUUGCUUGCUCUUUUCUGUUUCACUUGUAGUAUGUGAUCAAUCCAUCAACAAUGAAGUUAUAUGAGGCCAUAGUUCUGGCUCUUUGGCCUUUAGAACUUUGCUCGUAAACUUUUUUGGAAACCAAACAACAAAAACAGUCAGAUUAACUAGUUAAAUGGACCAAUAAGAAUCGAAGACGAGGAUCGCAACGUAAUCCUUAAAUAAAAUCUGGACCGUCGAAACAUGUCAUUAUAAUCGCACGUCUAUG